UGUGUGAGUGUCCCUCAUUUGACAGUACCCUCAUCUCAUACAGUGGGUUGUUCUCCAUGUUGUAGUCUGGCUCCAGUCUAUCACCAGCUGAGCCUUGAACAUGGACACCAUAAGCAGAGUUCACCACCACAUUACACUGACUGCAGCUUUACUAUAGUUUAAAAAAAUAUGAGCUGUUUAACUUACGCAAUAUGCUGCUUUUUCCUUCGGAAGUAGAUCACCAGAGUUGUGAGAACACAAGACUAACAGCAGCCGUGUGGUAACAUUUGC